UUUGGCACGCAUGACGUAUAUGAAACUACUUCAGUAAACAAACUCAGCUGCGCAAAUAUUUUUUUCGGUUGCGACGUAUUUCUGAGUGCUAACGUGACGGUUUUUGGAUUUAACGUCUUCGUUUUUCAGUCACGUACAGAAAUAAGCAGGGACCGCGCUGAAAACACGAACCGAAAAGGAGGGAAGUCGACGACAGCAGCAGCAGCAGCAGCGGCGCCUGCUUGUUUUGUUUGGUUGAGCGCUCCGAGUGCGCUGCUCGCCUCCACGCUUACUUGGUCGCUUGUUGCGGAAUCAUUUGUCUCUUCCCAACAGCAGACACUUCUGAUUCUGAUGCCUUUCCGUUGAUCGGACAUUAUUCUGGGGACAGCCCUGUUACUCUACCCUCGCAAGUCAUUUUAAAUCACGUUUAGCCAUGGUGAAACUGACUAAGGCCAAAACGUUCCAGGCGUACCUGGACUCCUGCCACCGCCGCUACAGCUGUAUCCACUGCCGCGCCCACCUGGCCAACCAUGAUGACCUCAUCUCCAAGUCGUUUCAAGGGAGCCAGGGACGUGCUUACCUGUUCAACUCUGUGGUAAAUGUAGGCUGUGGUCCAGCUGAGGAGAGACUGCUGCUGACUGGCCUUCAUGCUGUGGCUGACAUUUACUGUGAGAACUGCCACACCACUUUGGGCUGGAAAUAUGAGCAGGCUUUUGAGUUGAGUCAGAAGUAUAAGGAGGGGAAGUACAUUAUUGAACUUUCCCACAUGAUUAAAGACAAUGGCUGGGAUUAAGGCCUUCAGCGCUUGCCAUCGUACUCUGUCCACAGCUUAAAGCUUUGUCAAGAACAGCAUGAUGCGCCUUUUUUUCCUUUCCUUUUUUAUACAUGUAUAUUAUCUACAUUACUAUUGAGCACCUUUUUCCACUUUGAUAUCCUAAUGCACCAGUUUUACAUGUGAGGGGGAAGUGAGGAACGUUUUGAAGACCCAUGAGAGAUGGAGAUGUACAUACAUGGAUGUGAGAAAUAGUGAUUGUUUGCAGCCACUUAAUCUCCAAAACCGUGUUGGGAAUACACAAGUUCUCAUUUCCAGCCCAUUAAGUGCAAUUCACAAGGCUGGAACAAAAGUUGAGGUCCAGUCACAAGUUUUCCCUUUUACUUUGCAGAUUUAGGCUUAAAAGAACGAGGUAGUAAUAGUGUGAUUUAUUUUUGGAUGAAAACGUAUUUUACUCAAAUAUCAUUACGUUGUGGUGUUUGCCACUUGAGGUAUCCCUUUUAUUUCUGUGUGGAGUGGAUUGAGAGACUAAGUGCAAUAUGUUUGUGUGCAUGUGUGUUGUGUUGUGUUUGUUUGUUUGUUUGUUUGGGGGAGGAUUGUAGUGAAAGGGUAAAUAUGCAUUCCUCUUCAAAUUGUUUGUGUUUGUUACAAAGGAAUCCCAACAAAAGAAUGGCUGCUUGUGUAAGAGAUCAGAGCUAAUCAGUUACAGCUUAAAGAGAUGGUCUGCGUCUGACUUCUUGAAAAAGAUUGUAGAAUGUAAUUGGGACUUUCGCUUCUGUUUGUCUUUUUAUCUUUGUUUGUCUAUGAGAUCUGUAAAUAUAGUCGUAACGUCGAGCAGCAUGUACAGAGACAUUUAUAAUCAUGUUAGAGGACACACCAUGGAAAAUGCUUUUGUGAUUGAGUAGCACAUGUCUUGAAAUGCUAAAUCAUUAAAGUUUAUUACAUUAAUCAGAGAUCUUUACAUUAAAUUAUGUGAUGAAUAAAACUUUGACUGAUAA